AUGGAGAGCUGCAACCGUCGCCAGCUGCAGCUCCGCCCCAAAGCGCCUUCGCUCUUCUCUAUGCAGCAAACACUAGGAGUCCCAGCAGCAGCAAGAGGGGCUCCUGCAGCAGCAGACCUUUCAAGUCUGCGUUUUAGGGGAGGAGGAGGCUUUAGGGGACCCCGCACAGACUCUCCCAGUCAACUGCUGCAGCAGCAGCAGCUGCAGCAGCAGCUGCAGCACCAGCUGCACCAGCAACGCAGUGCCUGUUCCCCGCAUCAACCUGCAAAAAGACACACCGCAGUUGACAUGCCGGCAGCAGCAAACGAAGGGGCGACAGCAGCGGCGGCACCAGCUGCAGCAGCAGCGACAGCUGCAGCAGCAGCUUCAGCGGCCGCAGGGGCUGCAGCAAAUGCUGCAGCAGGAGCAGCAGCAAAGGCAAAACAAAACAGCACAUUGUGCUGCGGUGACAGCGUGCUGAAGAUCCGCACUGCUGCCACCAGCUCAACAGCAGCGGCAGCAGUUGCAGCAGCAGCAGCAGCAGCAAAUCCAGCUGCAGCAUCAGCGUCAGCCUAUUUAGAGCGGAUUUCUACUCGCCCCAAGACUUUCCUUUUAAUUGCUGCUGCACUGCUGCUAUCUCUGCAAUGCUUCGGCUGCACUGCAGCAGCAGCAGCAGCAACUCAGGGCGCUGCAAUACCGCAGCAGCAAAUGCUGCAGCAGACGAUAGACAGAGGGCUGCAGCCGCUGCCUCCGCUUGCAGGGGCUGGGCAGAACUUGCUUCAGCAGCAGCUGCUGCAGCAGCAACAGAUAACCCGACGCGCGCAGCAGCAGCACCAGCUGCAGAAACAGCAGCUGCUGCAGCAGCAACAGCUGCAACUCAUUAACCAACAGCAGCAAGGCCAACGUGUCCCCGUGGCAUUGGGACAACAAGUAGGUCAGCAGGGGGGUCCGCUGCUGCAGCAGCAGCUGCUUCAGCAGCAGCUGCAGCAGCAGCUGCAGCAGCAGCAGUUGCAGCAGCAGCUGCUACAGCAGCAGCAGCUACAACAGCAGCUGCUGCAACAGCAACAGCAGCAGGGGCUGACACCCUUCCAGCAGCAACAGUUGGAGCAACUCCUUCAGAAACAGCAGCAACAACCGCAGCUGCAGCAGCAGCAACCGCAGUUGCAGCAGCAACAGCCUUCUGGCCAGUUUGACCAGCAGCAGUGGCAGCGAUUGGAACAGCAGCAACUGCUGCAGCAGCAGCAGCUGCAGCGGCUGCAGCAGCAGCAGCAGUUUCUCCAACAGCAAGCAUGGCAGCAGCAGCAGCUGCAGAUGCAGAACCAGCCCCCGUAUCGGGCCGCACUCAGAGCUAUGGACACUCCUGCUGCUGCUGCUGCUGCUGCUGCUGCACCAGCUCCCAGCGCGCCGCUAUCUCCUGCUGCAGCAAUUUUAGUAAAGAGCCUCCGAGGGGUCUUGGGAGAUCUCUCAAGCAGCAGCAGCGCGUUGUCUGUGGAACAGCUGACAUCUCUUGUGCUGCAGCACCUGCCGCUGCAGCAGCAGCGGCAGAUAUAUUUGCAGCUGCAGCAGAUGCUGGGGCCUGAGCAGCAGCCGCAGCAGCAGCAGCUGCAGCAGCAGGCGCAGGCGGCGCCGCUGCAGCAGCUGCGGCAGGGCCAGCAGCAGCAGCCGCUGACGGCGCAAGAGGCCACAGACCUCACGAAAGCCACAGCCCUAAUGUCAGCAGCAGCAGCAGCAGCAGCAGCAGCAGAUGAAGAACUAAUAGCUGGGCAAAGCGCAGACCAGUGCCUCCCCACAGAAUGCCUCAGCAGCAUUCAGGGGGGGCCUCCAGUCUGUGGGUCGGAUGGAAUAACCUAUGAGAGCAGGUGUGCUUUGCUGCAGAAGGCCUGCAGCAGCAGCAGCAGCAGCAGCAGCAGGGGCGUGAAGCUUUCGGUGCAGCACGAAGGGCCUUGUUCGGGGCCGCAGCAGCCCCAGCAGCAGCUACAGCAGCAGCAGCUGCAGCAGCAGCUACAACAGCAACAGCUGCAACAGCAGCAGCUGCAGCAGCAGCAGCUCCAGCAGCAGCUGCUGCAGCAGCAGCGCCUACAGCCACAGCCGCUGCAGCAGCCACUGCAGCAGCACCUACUACCCCAGCCACAACCGCUGCCGCUGCCGCAGCAGCCGUUACAGCCCCAGUUGCCGCUGCAGCAGCAGCUCCAGCCCCAGCUGCAGCAGCCCCAGCUGCCACAGCAGCCGCUGCAGCAGCAGCCCCAGCUGCCACAGCAGCCGCUGCAGCAGCAGCCCCAGCUGCCACAGCAGCCGCUGCAGCAGCAGCUGCAGCAGCAGGCAUUUCGCGUUCGGGGCACCGCCCUUGCCCGUGCGACCAGCACCACGACGGCGCCCCCUGCUGCGCUGCAGGGCCCCCACCCCCAGCCGCAGCAGCAACAGCAGCAGCAGCAGCAGCAGCAGCAGAAGCACCGCAGGUGCAGACUGGAGUGCCCCUCCGGGGGCGUGCGUGUCUGCGGCAGCGACGGGCAAACUUAUGCAAACGAAUGCGAACUAAUAGCUUAUGCAUGUCUGCAGCAGCAAGACAUAAGCCUGAAGCACAUGGGGCCUUGUCUGAAAGCAGCAGCAGCAGCAGCAGCAGCAGCAGCAGCGCCUGCUGCCGACGCUGCGCCGCCCCCAGAGGCGGAGGACGCUGAACGGGGCAGCAGCAGCAAACCCAAAAGUGCUGAGUGA